GCAAGUUAACAUCCUUCCCUUCAAGAACUUUCGACCUAAGCCGUGAGGAGAUGUUAGCGGCUUGGGAAAUAAAAGGCCUACCUGCAGGGGGGGCUGGGAGGGCCGAAGCCAGAGAAUAAGGAGGAGCUGCCGCUGGGAUGCGUGGAAAACCCUGACCUGGCAACCCCAGCGGGACUGAGGCAGCGAGCGCUGCUCUGAGUGCGACAGAAGUUGACGCUCCUGUGCCGGAGUCUUCCAGGGCCUGGAGGCGAGCAUCAAUGGCUCUUAUGGAGCUAUCCAGGGAUUGCAGGGCGCCGGCCACGCUACUCUCCCCACUCCCGGCCUGGCGAGCCUGAGAAAGGGUGGAUUUGGGAGGCGGACGGGGUCCUGGAGGGCUCGAUUUCCUGCCAUUUUUUCCUCCGCGGCUGCGGCCGCGUCCUCGCCCUGGUCUCUCUGGGGAGCUGCUUGGGGCUGCUGCCCCGGGCUGGGGAGCUGUGCUGGAGACCUGAUCCGAGAGCUCUCGAAGCUGCGAGAGAGUGAGGCCUGGGGCUGUGGGGAUGCCCUGCUGCAGGAGUCGGGCGAUGAGGAAGUCUGCCUCUGAUGAUAGGCCGCUGUGGGGAGCCGAACCGGGAUCAAAGAUUUCCAUACCAGGCUGCAAUGCCAACAUUUUAUAUGCUGAUGCACCCAAGCCACAGAUUGAAUUGCUGACUGAGGCCUUCUGGGACUAUGUCGCAAAGGCAAAAGACACAGCUGAUGACACCCUCCAGAUGAUCAGCAAAUCACCGUUUGUCAAGCAUGUCAAUGACCGUCUGGUAGACGGGUUCAUGGCUGCCUUCUAUUUUGCCUCCGCCGUGCAGGACCAGCUUCCCCCUGCAGCUAAGGACAUGAUCCACAAAGUCACCAGUGAGACCGGGUGUGUGGAAAGGGAGCUGGCCGCUGCCCUGAAGCCCUACACCGACAACAUGGAGGUCCAGAUCCAGCAGAGAGUGGAGCAGCUCAAACAGGAGCUGGCUUCCUACGCUGAGUCCCUUGACACCGAGGCCCUGAGAGCCACCCUGGAGCAGAAGAGCGAGGAGCUGAAGCAGAGUGUGAAGGACCUGCAGGCCCAGCUCGGGCCCUACACCGAUGACCUGAAGCUGAAAGUGGACCAGCACCUGCAGGACUUCCAGGAGCGUGUGGCCCCCAUGGCCGAGCGGGUUCAAGAUCAGCUGAUACAGAAAGCCAUUCAGGUUCGAGAUAUGGCCGCCCCAUACGUUGAGGAUCUGAGAGUAAAUCUGAACCCCUACUCCCAGGACCUCCAGGCCCGCCUCACCUCCCUCUACGAGGCCAACGCCAAAUCCAAAUAAGUCAACCUCCCCCUCACCUUAAAGGGAAAGAAACUGCAUCAACAGAAACACAAUAAUCUGACCCCGGGACACAAAAUGAACAAAACGACAACACAAGCUAACCAGUUAUAGAUGUUUUAAGAAAAUAAUGAUUUGGAGGUUACAAACUGUGUUAGUAAAUUAAUGAAAAGGGAACAUAGAUUGGUAGAUUCUGAAAAUCUGAAAAUCAGAUGUUUUUUCUGCAUUGUGAAAUCAGACUGGGGAAAGUGGACAUGAAAAACAAAAAAGACAAAUUGAAGCAGAAAACACAUUAUGAGCUGCACUGAAGCUCAUGAGUUUACUUUGCAUCACCUAUAAUUACUCGUGAAAGCAAGACAGGUGAAAACAUUUGGUAACUAAAGUGUACUGAAUAAAUGUUGUGUAAUAUACAUUCUUAAGUAAGAAACUAAUGAUGGUAUUUAUAGAAAAUAAAGUUAUUUUGAAAAGAAGAACAUACUAAAGGAGACUGGCAUGUUUUUCAUAAAUUAGUCACUCUGUAUCUCCUGUCUGUAAGAGAAUAUUUUCAUCUGAUCUGUUUAUAGAGUUUCUUAUUGUUUUAUAGAAUCUGUGAUACUGCAAACAUCUGCUUGUAGUCAGUCAGAGACUCUUCUGU